CAUCUCGGCUUCCGUAGCAGCAACGAGUGGCUAAAAUAGCUGCCUGAUAAUAUUUCCUGAUUAACAAAUAACAGAGGUCGUCCCUGUUUAUGUCUUAAUAAACACUCAUAACGCGGUGUGCGUGGACAGAGCUUAUUUCCGGGAUGUGCUCCGUCGACGGAUGUGAAUCGUGGCAUCGCAACGCGCAGCGGUUUAAGUUACCGGAGGAUCCAGAGAUGAGACUGGAAUGGGUUCAGUUUUUGGCCACAGUUAAUAAGCAGCGUUUUAAAGAGUCGUCGUGGACUGAAAUCACUAUCUGCGCUGAGCAUUUCAAAAGGGACUGUUUGAUUUAUGUGGCUCCGACUGGGGCGGUGCAGCUAACGCCCGGUGCUGUUCCAUCUCUGUGUGUCCAGUCUAAGCCAGAGUGGCUCAGUGUGUCGGUCUGUCUUCGACCAAGAUCAGAACAUCGGAAAGAAAAGGAUCGCCAGAGGAAAAGAAAGGCUUUGGAGAACGAAACGCCAGAACAAGCGGAGCUGCGAAAGAUAAAGAACAGAGAGAGAAUGGCAGAGAGGAGGAAACAAGAAACAGAAAAGCAACGAUAUGAACGGUUAUCCAAGGUCAGAAGUAAAGUUGCAGAAACUCGUGCAAAAGAGACACCAGAUGCACAGGCGGCCAGGUUAUCCAAGGUCAGACGUAAAGUUGCAGAAACUCGUGCAAAAGAGACACCAGAUGCACGUGCUGCCAGGUUAUUCAAGGACAGGAGUAAAACUGCAGAAACUCGUAUAAAAGAGACACCAGAUGCACGUGCUGCCAGGUUAUCCAAGGACAGGAGUAAAACUGCAGAAACUCGUGCAAAAGAGGCACCAGAUGAAAGAGCUAUACGGUUGUCAGCAAACAGACGUCGAACUGCCAAAACUCACGCUGCAGAGACACCUGAACAACGAAGCACGAGAUUGUCAAGAGACACAAUGGCAAAAUUAAAAACAGCAAAUGCACUUACCACUGAAGAUGCAUCUAGAGCUUUCAGUGAGCGAAUUAAGGAAGGGCCAACAUGUGUCUGCUGUGUCUGUCAUCGGCUUAUGUAUAGGAAGACUGUUGUACGUUUUAAUCAGGAUAAAUACAACAAAUUCUCAAAGGAUGUCACCACUGAAUUGACCAACCAUUUGUCUACUGACUGCACUUGGAUCUGCAAUACUUGUGACUCUACAAUGAAGACAGGACAGAUGCCUGCACAGGCGAAGGCCAAUGGACUUCAUCUCAGUGACAUACCAGAGGAACUAAGUGACCUGCGACCGCUAGAGUGGCAAGACGGUGAUCAUGAUCUCUGGCAAGCAAUCAACCAAUCUCCAUGUGCAAGAACUGAUGAAGUUUCUACUGUUACAGUUCCCCAGGCAGCCAGAACAGACAUCUAUAGUAUAGCGAAAAGAUAUGGAUAUGACGUCGAAGAUGUGCCUUCAGAUGGUAAUUGUUUCUUCAAUGCAAUACAUGUUACCUGUGCCCGUUCCAACAUAGACUGUGUAUCGCCAGAUGAGCUGAGACAAGCGUUGGUGCGGUUUCUCAGGACAUCUAAUGAUGUGGACCGAUAUCAGCAGUUCAUCCCAGACCCAAUAGCAAGUCAUGAGGCAAUAGUUGCUGGCUACGAUGUGGACAUGCCAGAGGACAUUGACUUUGGGAUUGCUUGUAUCCCUGACGUAGUUGAUCGCCAAAUUGAAACGUGGAACCGAUAUGUGGAUCGACUGGAGAAGGGUGCCUGGGCAGAUAAUGUGACAGUUCAAGCAUUGUCGGACAUGAUGGACAUGGAGAUUCACAUCGUAACAACUAUCAAUCCGGAUGCCAUGACGAUUGUUAAACCACCAGAUGACAGUCCUUCUCGUCGAGUAGUCACCAUUGGUUUGAUUGAUCAAUGUCAUUAUGUGGCGCUUCGUCUGACGGAAGCAAAUCAAAGUACCAGUAAACCAGCACAAGUGGAUCAAAGUUCAUCAGCACAAACAGAUCAAAGUACUGUGCCACUAAUGAGCAAACAAGAAAGAGAAGAUGCAGAGGAUGACCGUGCAUUUGAGGAAACAGCAGCAGCGCGAGGCUUGCCGUAUAGUACCUGCGUGCAGGAGGACAAUCCACAGGACCAUGACAAUGAGCCUGUGGAAACCACUGAAGUUAAGACAUAUUCACCCUCUUUUCAUGAAGAAUCGAGGCUUCCCGCAAGAGAAGGCCCAGUUCCACUUAGUGUCUUAUGUUCAACAAGAGAUGUUUCCGAUACUUCAGUGUCUGAAAUGCUACCAAAAAAUGUGAAUAUUGAUUUGAUCCUGAAAAGAGCAGCACCUGUACAGACAAAGGAAAAACACCUCCUUAAGCUGUUCAACGAGAAGUGCCAGUCAUGUGGCUGUAAACUCAGAAUCGAUAAGGUGACCCACGGCGGGUUGGUUGUCUUUAACCAGCAGUGCCUUCAGUGUGUGCACAGAAACCAGAGGAAAAGCCAGGUCAGUACCAGUGCACCACCUGCUGAACGCCCUCACCUGACAGAAGGCACACAGGUCAUUCCAGAGGCCGGACCAACAGAAGACUCAUUUGUGUCUCAUGUUGGUGUUAAUGAGGUGACUGACUCGGUCAACAAAACAGAGGGAUCACGUGAUGAGACUGAAGUGGAUUCAGAGAGGAAGACAAGUGUGCCUCAGGUGAUCAGUGAUAAGGAAACUGAUAACGAUGAGGAAUCUGAGGACAAUGAGGAAUCCGAGGAUGACGAUGAGGAAUCUGAGGAUGAUGACGAAGCGGAGAGAACAUGUUAUAAUCUUGCUCCCCAGCCCAAUGAGCUCUGCACGGUGUGUGGGAAGUUUUACAGAAAACGCUGGCCUCACACAUGUGAGCACAUACUUAAGCCCUAUUCCUGCAACAUUUGUGGCAAGAGAUGUGCUAAUGAGCAUGCUGUAAACUCCCAUAGCAGAGUUCAUGAGGUAAAUUACGCGCAUCGGUGCAAAUACUGCCACAUGACAUUCAAAACAAAAGUGGGCAAAGUCAAUCAUGAGCAGAUCCACCAAACGGAAGGACAGCCCUAUAAAUGUUCUGAAUGUUCAGAAGCAUUUGCCACAAAUAAGGAACGCAGUCUCCACAUGGAGGAUCACACAGGCCCCAAGCAGUUGAAAUGUCAUAUCUGUGGGAAGGAGUUCCUCUGGACUCUUGCUCUCCAGAGACACUUAAAUGUGCACACAGGUCUAAGGCCUCAUAAGUGUUCAGUGUGCCAUCGUGGCUUCAACCAGCCAAGUCACCUCAAAUCUCACAUGCGCCUGCACACAGGAGAGAGGCCUUAUAAAUGUCAGCAUUGUGACAAAUGCUUCAAUCACAACGUGAGCUUGAAGAGUCACGUUCAGCGUUACCACACACCAGGCAAUGAACGUAAUAAUGCCAAGAGGAAAAAAAGGAACACUAGUGAUGCUCAGGGUGUUGGGAACAAAAUGGGUGAAGACUCUGUCCUUGCCACUGUAGAGAAGAUACAGGAUGCACAAUUGAGUGAACAGGAAAGAAAAAAGAAGAGACACACUGGUAGACCCAUUGGGAGGCCUAAGAGUUAUGCAUCAAGUAAUGUGGUGCUGGAAAUUCAACUGGAAGAUCCAAGUUCACAAAUUAAUACUGAAGAUCCACAGGCGGUGUCGACACUGACUGACAACAACGGGACCAUCUCUGAAUUAGCAGGGGAGGGAGGGCAGAAAAGCACGGACACAAAGGAUACCACAAAAUCGAGAAGAAAAAAAACACAUUUUGACAGUGACUCUGAAUUCGACCCAGAUGAAACAAAGAAGAAGAGAAGUGGUAAAUGCCCAGGGAAGCAGAGGGGGAGGCCAAGAAAAACUCCGGUGGUGUGAAGUUUCAUGAAAAGAACAUAAACAAUUGCACUUAAAUGAUACAGUAAUACAUGCAUAUUGAAUAAUAAUGACGUGACUUUUUACAUCAGUGACCACAAGGAAGAAAAAAAAAGACAAACCAUUAUCUGUUCAGAGAAGUUAAAGCUUUAAUUUCAAAACAAUUACAAAUGUGACUUGUGUAAAAUGACACUUAUCAGGACUGAUGUUAAACGCCAGUGCUUCAACUUGCUGGUGCUCAGGGCUGGCCCAAACCUCCAUGGGGCAACAUGAUGCUUCUGGGGUGACUGCACAGUUGUAACUGUUGCUUGGAUCAUUACAAUGUCAGUCUGGCAUGUUGUUACACUUACACUUAAACUGGCUUUAGUCUUAAAUGGUGUCAAAAUCAGAAGGAAGGCCUUGUGUUGAUUUUUUUGACUUCAUAUUCAAAAUGGCAGAAUACUAAGAGGUGAAUAUGGUGACAGCCUACUAUAAAGUAACCUAAUAAAACAAUACAUUUUUACUCUACUAACCAUGACAAUGACUUUUUGUUUGGUGUGAUUUAAGAGCUCCAAAAAUAAACAACAACAAAUUAUUAUUCUGAUAUAGUAUCAUUAAAUAUUCAAGUAGAAAAAAAUCCCACUAAAACAAAAGUCAAAUAAUGUAGUAAAACAGCACCUCGUUAAUAAGUGCAAAGUGUAUCUGUUAUUUUAUUUGAAUGGGGGUCAAGCAGCAGCUUGUUGGCUGAUGUGUAACCUUCUUGAACAUGAGAUACAUUUGAGAGGGGAAGGGAAGUCAUUUCAACUAUGCAAAUAACAGCAAGGCUUCUGUAGUUGGGUAGAUUGAUUAGAUAGAAUAUAAAACAAAGCGUUUCAAGGGUUUAUUUUGAAACCUCAGUAUGUCUAGUGCCACAGGUUGAAGAACAGAAGACAAUUUGACUGCAAAAAUGUCAACGAUACAUCACAGCCCACAAAAAGCUCUUGGAAGAUGAUGUGAAAUGUUAUUUUUUUUAAAAAAAAGGAAGUGAUAUUUAUUUUGUGUUCAAUGUGUUCAUGACUAACAGUUGUUAACACUCCACUCCUGCUCGUGUUAGGUUUUGCUAGUCUGUUACUUUGUUACAUUAUGCCAAAACAAAACGUUAUUUGCUGGUCAAAACUGCUAGAGGAAAUAAAUACUCUACUACACGUA